UUUCUGACACCUGUACGGAGAGGCGACACACGACCAUAGUCGGAUACAUCGACAGCUUGUCUGCAUCCUGAAUCACAUACGUAUAUAAGGAGACAGGUAUAAUGCAGAUUUAUCUCUUCAUUCGAUUCUACAAGAUGCGUCUGGCGUUGUUGUUCCUAGUGGCAGUUCUGGUGCUGCAAGAUGUCGACGCUCGUCGCCGAUGGCUCAGGAUUCGUAUCCGAGUCCCAAGAGUUAUCAGGGUUGUGCGCACAGUCCUGCCUAUAGCAGAAGCCAUUAUAAAAGGAAAGCGUGACACUGAAAGUUAUGAUCUGAAUGAGGACGGACAGAUUGACCAAUCAGAGGCAGAGAAGAUAUUCGAAGCUCGGGACGCUGAGGAGUUCUUGAGUUUGGCUGAUACAGAUGGUGAUGCCACCGUGAGUCUCGGUGAAUUUGAAGAAAGCCUAAACAACAUCUUGAAACUCACAGACAGGGAUGCUGACUUUGCGCGGUCUCUGGAAGAGUCUAUGAUGAGGGAAUAGUUCCACGGUUCAUGUUUCCUGCCUCGGUUAGCACAUUGUGUGCACAUGUGUAAACAUCGGUCAAUAAAUUUGCAUUGUUAAAACUA